GGAAGCUCUUGGAACAAUUCAAUAGUCGAGUAUCGGUUCAAUUCAAUUCACUUCAAUUCGCUUCCAAACCAAUUCACACAUUUCCGAUACGGCAUCUAUAGGUAUCAACGUCAAGAACUAUUUGUCCUCUGAGAUUCAUGAAGGAUACUUGCAAGGACGAUGAUAUAACUUGAACUUUGCGAUAUCUACAACCUUUCGUCCUCCCUCCAGUCAACAUCAUCCCCAAUCACGAAAGGAUAAGCCAUACAAAUUUGAAUUCAUUAAUCCGCCAAAAUGUCUUCCAAUAAUGCAACUCCAGAUCUUGCUUCCGUGAUGGAAAUCUUAGCAAAUCUAGCAAAAGCCAAGAAUCAACAACAAGCUCAACCUUCCACGCAAACAGCUUCAGCUCAAACACCGGAUGUCACGUCACAUGGGCAAGCAAUCCAACAACAACGACAACAAUGGUCUCAGUCUGUGGCCCCUCCAAUGACACAUCGUGAAUCUGGUCAGCUUCAAGCUCAAGUGCAGUCUAUCAAUAAUCCAAAGGCCGUUGAUCCAGCGACCAUCAUUGACUGGAGUGCGGGCUUGCGAUGUGUUAUGAGGACGAUGAAUAAGCACGAUCAUGUACUCCAGGAAAUUCGAAAGAUGAUCAAAGUGCAACACGAGCAUGAAGAGCAAUGGUGGAAGUCAAGAGAAGCUCUUAUAGAGCGACAAGCCGCUAGGAAGGAAGGACAAAAGAAAUUAGAAGAGGUGUUGAAAGCAGUAGGUGGGGCCACAUCAAGCGGGGCAUCUAACACCAGUCCUGAAGAAUUGGCAAGAGAGCUAGAGACAUUCGAUAUGAAAGUUUACAAAGCUCAAACUCAAAUGGUCAGAGAGAUGAAUGGAAAAUUGAGGAAUUUAGGAAUACCAUUCUUUGGGACGAAGAGUGAGCUGGUUAGAAUUCCUGGAAAGCAUGAUGCCACGAAUAGGGCGGGGACGGCUAGCACGGAGGGGGAGAAAGAUAUGAUUGAUGAGGAUGAGUUGGUGGAGCUGCAGAAGAAAAUGCUUAAUAUCCUGGAAGAUAUGUGCAAUGACUGAGCUGGGUCGCAACAAAUCACACAAGCAUGUUUCGAAUGAGCUUUUUUGUUGCAUGUCGUCAGGAAGAACUCCUUCCAUAAAAUUUGACCAAAUGGAGAAAUUAAGGGAUAGGAAGCAAGUCAAAAUGUUUGAUUUGAAAUCCCGAGUCAUUUCAACAUCAAUGCCAAGGUCGGGAGUAUUAUUUCAUGCAUAUAUUUUACCGUGAUAACAGAUCACUUCACAGAAAUUAUAUCUACCGCACCCAUUCAUAUCGAUAUCUUGGAGAGUAUCCCAGGAGUAUUACGGGCACUACAGACAAUAAUCAUAUUUCAAAUUACCAUAUCGACCUGCAUCUAGAUUUCGGACUUCGAAUUCCAUAUUCCGAGCUCGAAGAAUGAGUGUUAUUGGCGGAAAUAAUAAAUAACAUGAUUCUAUGGCUGGAAGAAGACGUUCCGUAUUACUUUUCCGGAUGCGGAUGAAGCUGCUGCGGUUGCGUGAUAUCCCGCUCCUAAGGCUGGAAGCGAGACGGUUGAGGCUGGGAUGUUUAAUAGCCCCUGUUGGUUUUGAUAUCACUCCAAUUGAGUAAGUUAGACCAUGCGAGGAUAAGUUUUGGUAGUCCGAAGUUCAUGGAAAAUGUGUAUUCUUCUAGGCCAUGUACAUAUAACAGAUAUCUAUUAGUGUGGAAACAAUACUGUGUGUAGUUUGUCUAUUGAAACCAAGGGAAUGGUGGGCUAAUUGGGAUGAGAUGAGCGAGAAUCAGUCUUACAAUAAUGUCGUUAGUCUUUCUUGGCUAAGUUGACCUUUCAUAUUACAUUCCUCUGAACGCAGAUUAACAGGUAUCUAUUGGAGAAAAUUGAAGUGUUGGGAUUUGUAUACCCUGGUUCAAGUGUCCAAUCGGAUCUUCACACGAUGCAUGAAAAUCAUCCUGCAUUCCACAGCGCAUUAUUUCAAUCAUCCAGUUGGUAUUCAUUCUCGUGUUAAAAAUUGUUCUUCUGAACAUGUCAAUAUCAAAAAUGUAAUCA